CUUCAGUUCCUUUGAAUCAGAAUAAAAAGUGCAGCAAACUUCAGACUCAUUGACUGCAGGCUUAACAAGCGCCGGGGCUUUUCUUCUUUCUGCAGCUUGCAAGGAUCUUUGGAUUUUGAAAAACAGUUCCAAGAAAACAAUGGCCAAGUUCUCCUUAUGGGCAACUUUUGGAUUAUGUUUGCUGAGGCUCUGUCUAACAGAAACAGAAUUCAAUGUAAGUUGCAGAUAUGGAGGAGUUUUUCAUGUUGAAAAAAAUGGUCGCUACAGUCUCACACGAUCUGAAGCUGUUCAACUCUGCAGAGCCCUCAACAGUACCUUGGCAACACUAGAGCAGCUGAAGAAAGCUCAUGAGCUUGGAUUUGAAACUUGCAGGUAUGGUUUCGUGGUGGGGCAUAUUGUUAUUCCACGGAUCAAUCCCUAUCAUCUUUGUGCAGCAAAUAACACUGGCAUUUACAAACUUUCAUCAAAUACAACUGGUCGGUACGAUGCAUACUGUUACAAUGAGACAGAAACAGAAGAAAAAACAUGUGAGCCAGUUGUAAAAAUAGAUACAUCUUUACUCAGUAAUCAUGAUGAAACAGUCAUUGACAACGCGGACGGUUCCCGUUACAAUGCAGACGGCACACGUCACACCAAUGGGGAGUCCUCAACCUCAGGCGUGGAGGAUGAAAAUGUAGGUAGUGGAUCAACCCAUGAGACAACUCCCAUGGAUACCUCCAUCUGGAGAUCCAGCCCCUCGUAUUAUGGAAGUCCUACUCCAGUCUCACAGCUGCCAGAUCAUAUUUCUGGAGGAGGUGAAAAAGAAAUUCCUGGAAAAGACUAUGAUGAUGAAUUUCCAUCUGUAUCACCUGACAUCUCUAUGGGGACAGUGGCUGGUGAUUUCCAAGAAGAAGAUGACGGACAGUAUCCUGCAAGUACUAGCUCUACCUCUAGUGAAUACGAUAACCAAGGACCACACAAGGGACAUUAUGAAUCCACCACUUCCCCUGGAGAGACAACCACAACAGAAAUAUCUUCACAACCAAGGCCGGCCCCUGUACCAGACUGGCUGAUCAUCGUGGUAGCUCUCGUGGUGCUUGCGCUGAUCCUUGCGGUAUGCAUUGCAGUUAACAGCCGCAGAAGAUGUGGGCAGAAGAAAAAGCUAGUGAUUAACAAUGGCAAAGGGGCAGUGGAGGACAGGAAGACAAGUGAAUUAAAUGGAGAUAUCAGCAAAUCACAAGAAAUGGUGCACUUGGUUCAUAAAGAACAGUCAAAUGACCGAACACAAGCAUGUGAUGAAUUCCUGACUGUUAAUGAAACACAAAAUCAUCACGAGUUUGACAUGAAGACUGGAGUGUAAUGGUACCACAGUGCCGAACAGAUCAGGGCUGGGGAAACCAAAAUCAUGUGGAACUUGAACAGGAAUUCACAGAUGCACUGUGCUACUGAUGUCUUUUCAACAUAAGCAUAAGUUCUGUUUCUUUUUAAUCACUUUGCCAAGAUGCCUGAGUUUAAAAAUUGACAUGUGUUUUCUGAAAUACACCCCCAAGAGUUGCAUAAUGCUUUCAGUUCCCAGUCCCUUCACAGAGGACUCUCACUGUGUCCUGGAUGUUAGGAGGCAUACAAGUUUGUAUCAUUAUUCACCAGAUGGAAGGUCUUCACUGUGUGGAACUAAAGAAGUAUCCAGGCACUCCAUCCUACAGAUAUUUAAAAGUAUUAAACAUGCCAUGGUACAGAAGUAAGUGAAGAAAAAUUUCAAGAGAAAAGAAGUCAAACUUAAACCCAAAAGGCAUCUUCUACAAUGUCUGCAACAUCAGAAUCCUUCAGAAAUGCCUUCCAGCCAGGAAUAGCAGUGGGUACAUUCAGAAUCCGCCAGUAUAAACAAAAAGUGACAUUUUAUAAUUAUGUGUGGCUUGGUCUGCAACGAGGGAAACCCAGAAGGAGAAAAAUUAUUUAUCUCUAUUUUUAAAUAUCUAUGGACAUACAGCAAGUCUUCAUGGGAGGGGUAAUAAAGGCAUGAAAACACGAGCUGAAACAUAAUAAACUUCUAUUCCUUAUUAUCCUAGCAACCUGUACAAUUAUCCUUCAGUUUUUGAGAUGUUCUCCCACUCCUUAUUCAUUGGUCCAAGUUUGUGCAUGUUUUUAAUGAGCCUGUUAGUUAAGAUAAUGAAUAGAACAAAAUGACCCCAGCUCUAUCACAUAUGCACAAAUCAAGCAAUUGAAUCACUAGGGAAGCUGACCGUAUUUUGUUCCUGAAAAUAGGUCUCUAUAUUGUGCUCCUUUUUACUAAGGAGAUGCUGAGCCUAUUAAUUUUUUUUUCCCCUAUAGCUAUUAUAUUAUAUGAGAUUGCUGAUAUUUUAGAAGUCGCUUUUCUAUGAUCUUGCUCGUUUCCUCAGCACUAUAUUUCAUCUACAUUUUUUCCAUCUGCCUUUUAAAAACACCAAAAAGAAACAUUGCUUACUUUUUGGUACCAGAAGUUCAAUUUCCACAGAAAAGAUCAAAGCAAAUGAAAGGAAACCCUUCCCAGCCAUGUAAUAUAGUAGAGUAGGUGAGCUGCAUUGUUACAUGCUUUUGUUACGUCCUUGUGUGUCUGUUAUGAAAAAGUAUUUGUAUUAAGCUAUGAUGCUGUGCAUUAUAUUGAUAUGAAUUGUCAGGAAAAAAAAUUAUUUGCUACUAGUGGUCUGUGCCAUUUUUAAGAAAGCUUUUUGGAAUGGAGGGAGAAUUGUAACUUCUAAUUGGACUGCCCCAGGGAAUGCAGGGAAGAGCGUUGGUCUGUGUCAGCUGUGGGAUGUGGAGGGGCUGUAGCAGGGUUAGUCAGGAGUUCUGUUCACUGACCAUAGCCCCUGCCUUUGAAACUGUUCUGCUAAAGUAUGUUAUUUAACGCUCUCCAUCUGAAGUAGUUUGGAGGAUGAGCAUUCAGCUGGCUAAAUACUGACUUUAGCUAGCGCUGAUCUUUACUGGAACACAAAGCACAAGACUGCUGAUUAUAUUUCUGAGUCACAGCCCUCCAGCAGUUUCCCAUGUGCUUCAUGGAAAGGCUCAAGUGCCCUGGCAUCUGCUGGCAGAGCUCCUCAGGGCAAUUUACACUUGGGAAAGAAUUCCCAAGUCAAGGUGAUGUUUUAAAAUCUACAUAGGAUAUUUUCUGACCUUAUGUAGGUCAGAUAUUUCAUCUGUGAAUAGUGUAUUAAUUUUCGUUUAAUGUUUUUAAGCACACCUUUUUAUUUGUCAUUAGAAAUCAAAAAUAUCUGUUGAAGGCUGUGUUUAAAUUGGUGUUAGGUACUCAUUCCACUAAGUAUGGAGAUCCAGAGUAAGAAAUAUUCCUCUCUUUAAAUCCUAACUGAACGUAUGUCUCAGUGAGAAGGACAUAUUUCAUUGUCUUGGAGGGUAAAUUUCUCUUCUAGAAAAACAAUCUGUGGCAUGUUAUCAAUCUCCCUAUUCAGAAGCUGAAUGAAGAAAUCCACAAACUUCUUUGUAAUUUAUCUUCUAGUUAGUAGCUAUAAAAGCACAGACAACACUGGUUGGGUUCUUUGUAUAUUUUUAAAUAGGAGAUGCUCAAGAGGCAAUGCCAUCAUUUUAUAUAUGCUGAUUCUUUUUAGAUUAUGUCCUGUGACUUACGUGUAAUUGUUUCAUAAUAGUUUCAAAACUAGACAGCCAUUUCAUAUACAGUACAUAUUUUUAUUAAUCUUGCUUUUAUUAUGAGGGAUUGUUGUGUGUAUAUAUUUUUAUAUAGAGCACUUGAUAUAUUUGCAUAUUUAUUUAAUAGAUUAAUCAGAAUGAAAGAAAAUGCCAUCUCUAAAUUGUAACUAGAAAUAGUAUUGCUAAAAAAAAAUUGGACAUUAAAAUAAGCUUCCAAAAUAAACCUGAUUCCACACUGAGGAUAAAAUGUAAGUCCAGCUGUUAGUGGGAGAGAAGUAUUCAGCUGGAGAGUCGCGUUGAGUACUGUGAUGGUUUUUUCUGCUUGCAAAUUCCAAGCCAGGCUGAGGUGAAUGCUGUGCGACCUUGUCUGCUCUGCUGGCCUCCCAUGGGCUCCACAGAUGCUCUUGGAGUUAGUGAUGAACUCAGCCUCCCCUCAGAAGCAGACAACAGCUACAACAACUUGGUUCGGUUUAAGAUCAGCCCAGUAAGACCUUGACGACCAUUCCUGGCUCACUGACCCAACAGCAUUUGGAGAGUGCAGCAUCCAGCAAGUUCCAGCCCUUCCUUCUGGGUGCUGACAGGCUGUCUUGGUCUAUCCUUGCCGCCUAAGAAGAGUGAAGAUCUCUCCGGAAGUUGCUAAGGAGGUCAGACCCUACCACCAGCUUGUGUUAUUCCUUUGUCUUGAGAAGUUACGAACAAAUGUGAUCCAGACCAGUGGAAAUACUGUCUAAGGCAGCAAGCAUAUUUAAGAGGGGCUCUGUAUGUUUUAUGGGAAUGUAAUAUUUUCAUGAAGCAAUGCAGCCUGGUUGUUUAAUCUGUAUUUUGUUGAAAUUCUGAAAAGGAAUAUUUGAUUAAAGCAGAGAAAGGAUGCG